GAGUAACGAAGCGAUACCUUGUUUGAAAAAUAUGUCGAUGAAAAUACAACGAAGAUACGUGCAAGAAAACGCCGAUAUCGCGAUCUUCUUCGAGUACGCAUCUACGAGCGCACUUGCGUACCAAAGCAGAUUAAACGUUAUCAGCCGCUUAGCGAUACAGACAACGGAUACCAUCGAAGCGACGUUAACGUUGCAGUAUUACAUGUAGCUUUAAUAUAAAUGAGUCGACUUAUCCGUGGCAGCACAGAAUCGAAGCUGUUCCGAAGCGGCUCGAUAAAAUCGGCGUGGGCAGCUCGUCCGGCGACAACUGCGUGGUUACUCUCGUAACUCUUGCUAGCAACGUGUCCCACGAUUUUUCACGCGACGAUCAACGAAGACUGGAAGUCGUAAUUUGUUCGAUAACGAUGGAACAACGAUGGAAGAUCGCAUAGGGAAAGCGCGAUAAACCGCAUUUCUCAAUUUUCGUUGUUCGCGGCUCUGUUCCUUACGAUAUUUAAAUUUAGAGUUGCGCCAGCGGGUGCAAAAUACGAAGAUUAUCUGUACGAAUUUCUUAUUCACGCUUUAUUCUCUUGCAUCCUCGUCAAGGAAAAAAGGAAGCUAAACGAAUACGAAAUACGAUGUUGCAGCAAUUACCAAAGACAUCUGUUGUAUCGGUGUGACGUUAUAGAAUAAGAAGCUUAUCGUUAUGUGGACAUUCCGUAGAAGAGAUCCGUUCGACGGCUUCGUGGAGAGACGCGAUCGCGAGGGAGCGUGCCAACAGGAGUCGUAAAUUCUCGUUACAAUUAGAUAAUCGAUGCCACGAAACGAUCGAUCCCCUAUUUUGUUUAGGAUAAUAGAGGUGAUUGAACUGAUUAUAACACUGACGCAAUAGGUUACAAUAUAUACUUUAUUCCAACAAUUUUGUAAACACAGAUACUAAACUCUGUGCGCGUAGAUGUAAGUUAAACGGAUGACUGACCUAAGGCUGAUAAGCUAGUCAAGACAUUGACCGGUCAACAUAUGGAAAACUAGUCAAGAGAUGUUGACCGAUCUAAGGAUGACAAAUCGGUGAAGUUCGGUGACGAUGCUAUCGCAGAGGAAAACUACUGCUGGGUGUUGGUAGUUUGCGAAUGGAAAAGACCUUUGAAUGUGGGAAAAAUUCGACCUUGCCAGUUUUUAUCUGACGGAACAAUAAUCAUAGGAACGUCUCGAUCGAGGGAUGGAUUAUUAGUAUACGUAAAGAGUCAUCGGACGUAACAAGGUCCGAACGUUGGGAACGAAGGAAAACCGAGUGUUUACGAGCACAGGAAAAGGCGAUAGCGUGCUCGAACACGAUAGAUUAUAAAUCGGGAGGCAAGAGACGUCGUGUGUCGACCCCUCGAGCCAUCGAGAUCGAGCUUCUCGCUUUCGUUCGUUUGUCAGUUUACCAGCCAAGCUAAAUACAAUCGCCGGUGGGACCAUCGGUCGUGCUUUCGUCGAUCCGCAACGAGAUACACAACCCUGAAGAGAAGAUGAGCAUACGGAAGCCGAGGAGAGACUCGGACAUUCUGCUGUCCAAUUUCGGCCACAAAGAGCUGCUCUUCAAGUUCCUCGUAAUCGGUGACUAUGGUGUUGGAAAGACGGCAUUGGUUAGAAGAUACACAGAAGGAAAGUUUACGUCCAAUUAUAAGAUUACCAUAGGCGCCGAUUUCGCAAUAAAGGCAGUCGACUGGGACCAGUUUACUAAAAUUAACUUACAAUUAUGGGAUGUCGCUGGCCACGAAAGGUUUGGAUACAUGACCAGAGUUUAUUACAAAUAUGCAGUAGCUGCAGCUUUGGUAUUCGAUAUUUCGCGGAUAGCCACGUUUCAGUCGAUCAAAAAAUGGUUGUGCGACCUGCGGGAGAAGGUCACGCUCCCGGAUGGUUCGGAGAUUCCAGUCGUCCUCUUGGCGAAUAAAUGCGACAUUCCUUGCCCGGUGGUACCCACCGAACAAAUUGCCAAGUUCUGCAAAGAGAACAACAUUGGUGCCUGGUAUGUAACGUCUGCCAAAGAAAAUACGAACAUUGACGUGGCGAUGCGUUAUCUCGUGGAGAACGUGCUGAAGACCAGAAUCGACGUUGAUAUUCGCGACUCCAUACAAUUGCGAGAUAAAUCUAAGAUUCGAGAAAGGAGCGAAUGUUGCAAAAUAUAAUCGCGCGAUUAUAGUUUGCGUGUUUAUUGCGCCACGAUGAUGCACGUUCAAGAGACUCGAUUUUUCUAUACGAUUUUAAUUUAUCCGCGAUGCGUGUGCUUUGAUACGUUUGUAACGAUUAAUCGUGAUUCGUAGGUGCAUGUCAAUGGACGUUGACAUGUUACAGAUCGGCAUAAUAAUCCGAAAGUUUUAAAAUGCUGCAGCGAAAUUAAACAUAUUUGUUUGAAAAUACACGUACGAUGAAUUUCUAGGGCGACAAAGUUUUUUUUUAUCUCGUGUAAUAACUUACAGGUAAAUAAUCCUGACCACCCUGACCAAGAAGGUAAAUAAUCCUGAAGAGAUUACCGAUUUUUUACACGUCGGAUAAUAGUCUUAUUUGCAUUUUUUACACGUCGGAUAAUAGUCUUAUUUGCAUUUUUACACGUCGGAUAAUAGUCUUAUUUGCAUUUUUACACGUCGGAUAAUAGUCUUAUGCACAACGAUGUGAAUGUUCGUAAAUAUGUAUCGCGGAGAGAAAUUACGAAUAUUUAUUUUAGUUUAUUUUAAUAUUACUAUUUUAAUAUUACUAUCGAGCGGAUAAUUUUAUAAAGCUCGACUUUUUAUAUUUCUUCGUAUUUAUCGUUACACCUAUUGUUAGAUAAUAAUUGCGCAUUUUAUAAAAAUCUAAAACAAAUAGUUUUAUUUAAGCGUUUUUCUGUACGAAAUCACACAUCAAGGGAUAAAAACAACGGGGAAUCGUUUAAAUCGAUAGAUUCGUUUAAUUUGUACUUUGAUAACUCUUUAACAUUAUUUGCGUUCGUAGAUCAACCAAGAGAAAUAUUAUAAAUAAAUACGAAUUCUCAUUGUAUUUUUACAUUGUGGUAACAAGAAUUAACACGUAACAUCUAUGUACAAACAUAUUCACGUGUUACCUUUGGUAAAUAUUCGACACUCGUUGCAGUGUGCUAUAAAAUUAAAUAUACUUGGUAUUCGUUGCCAAGUUUUACAAUAUGCAAUUUGUCGGUCGACAAAUAACGUAUCAUUUAUUAUACGAUAGUGGCCACGUUUUGCUAUUAACUAAUCUAAAUAAAUCUAACAACAGC